AUGAAAAAGAAGGUAAACGAUCUUGAACUUGAGGCGGAACGCAGAAUCUUAAGUGACCAGGAAUUGGCGGACGGGAAAGAAUGCAGGAAAAAAAAUACUAGAAAUGGAGACCAUUGCAAGGUUAGACAUAUACAAAAAGCUAGGAUGAAAUGGGUUUGUGAUGGAGAUGAGAACACAUCAUUCUUUCACAACUACCUAAAGAUUAAAAACAGGAGAUGUAACGUGCACGGGCUUAUGAUCGACGGCUCCUGGGUCACCGAUCCAGCUUCCAUCAAGAAGGAAAAAUCAGAAUUUUUUGGAGAAAAGUUAUGUGAAUGGUGUAGUGUCCGAUCAUCUUUCAUCAAUCACAAUUUAAAAAAGAUUUCAGACUGUGAUAGGAGAUACCUUGAAGCACCGUUUGAACUUAAUGAAAUUAAAGAUGCAAUUUGGAGUUGUGGGAGCGAUAAGGAUGACAUUAUGCGUUUCGUGAAGCACUUCGAGGAAUUUGGAAGCUUCUCUAGAGGAAGUAGCUCAUCAUUUAUUACAUUGUUGCCAACACUCUAA